AUGAGGAAGAAUUUUCGCACAGUCUCAGAGCUGCCACCAACAUCACCUCGAAAACCACUCCCAACAUUGCCCAAUCUUUUAAAAUCUUCUAAUAACAACGGCUCCAAACUCCUGCCAACAUCACCACGAGGACAGCAAACAUUUGUUGCAAUCAGUACCGAUGAGGAAGAAUUAAUCAGUCUCUUAUCAAUGGAAGGAACAAAGGUGUUUGUGAUUGGUUUGUGGGAUGAGACGAGUCCUCUUCUUUCUAAUAACUCUUCGAAUGCUACUACAACAGGUAACAGUAGUACGAUUGGAACUACAAGGAGAGUGCCACCACCACUCCCACCAAAGACAACAUUAAAUAAUAGAAGAUUGAGUAAAAUCUGCUUUGACACAACAUGUUUCAUAUCGGAAGAUGGAAAGGCUCUAGUUUGUGAGAGUGAUUUACCAUCAUCAGGACCUUUGGGAAUGCAAAAACGAAGUAAUAUAAUUCUCUUUUCCGAAGUGGAAAAGAUUGUACCAUACUAUCAAUCAGAAAUAUUGAUAGGAAACCAGAUUUCAGACUCAAAUACUAAUAACACAAUAUCACCAAGACAAUCCAACAAUUCAAAUCCCUAUCAAAUCACCACUCAAGAUGCACGUGAAUGUGUCUCCUUCUUUGAAAGAUACUUCAUUUCAGGCUAUGACAAUAACGAUAGAGAAUAUCAAAAAUCUCUCCUUCCCUACAAGCUGCAACUCUUCAUUCUCAAACGAAAGAACCACAAAAAGACGUUGGGAUUCAUCUUAUCGGGUAUGUUUUUUAAUCAAAGUCUAAGAUUGUGCUUACCAUAUUGCCUUAAUUGA